AAUGUCGGAUUGUAAAGGUUUAACAUGUAGUCUGAGGUAGGAAGAAAAGGGGCUGGGAGUCUGUCCGGUCCUUGCCCCAUAACCUACUCCGUCAUGUGGAAAAUUUUAUCGUAUACAGUUUCAGAAGCAUAAAAUACAGAACUGUUCGGAGAAUGACAUAUUUCAUUACAUAAAUCAGUGUUACGUCCAAUCAUCAGUCAGGCCACUCUCGUAUUAGCUUGCUAGUGAACAGGCAUGUUUUAUUGCAGGAAGAAAGUGUCAGUCUGCUGUCAGCGGUGGUCAUUUGCUGUACCAUUUCUGUUGUAUAUGAUCUUAUUUGGUGUGACCUGGAUGUUGUCCUUUCCACUUAAAUCUUUGCCACAACAAAUUGGACCAAUUUAUUCUCAGACUGAAAUUAAAAAAUUGACCAAUCAUGUAGAUGCUGUUCGUUUAGAAAGAGAUGGAGACGUGAACAUAAACUUUCACAAAGAUGUAAUCAUUGGAGACGUGAAAGAAGGGCCACAGUAUGAAGAUCCGAAGACACUGCUGGAGAAUAUUUUUAAGAAUGCUGACGUCAGUGGAGAUGGCCUCCUCAGUUUGCAAGAAUUGUCAGACUGGAUCAAUAAAAAGAUUCAGGAACAUAUCAAUGAAGCCCUGAGGGAUAACUUUGGAUUGUUUGAUGCCAUUGAUAAUAAUCCCAAGAAUGGAGUGAUAUCGUGGGAAGAGUAUCACACGUACUUUCUCCGGCAGAAAGGUUUUAGCAAAGAGUAUGCAGAGAACCAUGACAAGAAACACAGAGGGUUAAAUAGAUCUAUCAAAGAGGCAGUCAUGCGGGACCGAGCAUCGUGGUCAGAAGCAGCCCACAGUGACCCCGAUCAUCUGACUCUGGAUGAAUUCCUUUCUUUCAGACAUCCAGAGUCAAGUCAUGCGACAAUCAUAGCUCUUGUUGAUGAACUCUUGGAUAAGUUUGAUCGAGAUGGGGAUGAGAUUCUAACAGAAGACGAGUUUUCUGUUUUACAAACUGAAGGAGAUGGAGAGAAGGAAGGCGAGACCCUCACUCAAGGGGAGGAUGAGAGACGCAAGGAAUUCCGAGAUGUCAUAGACAGAAACCAUGAUGGCAAAGCAGACAGAAAGGAGUUGCUGAUGUACAAUGAUCCGAAGAACCCGCGCCAUGCUCAUGAAGAAGCUGUAGCCUUACUGGUGCUGUCAGACGCCGAUCAUGAUGGCAGCCUUUCUCUGCAAGAAAUACUUAACAAGAUGGAUCUCUUCCUUGGAAGCAAGAUGGUGGACACUGCGUACAGUUUCCAUGAUGAAUUCUGAGCACAGACAGCUUCAGUAAUCAUGGAAUGAUUAUGAAUGAUGGAUGAGGAGGGGCCGGGGUGAAACACCUUGUUUAAGAAGCACAUCACCCAGUAACCUGUUCAGUGGGCACCGGGUGCUCUUUUCCUGGGUUAAGGGUCCACUGUGCGGAAGGAACUGGUCACUCGCACGUACGAUUGCAAAACCUAAGAAUAUGCUGAGGUGCUUCAGCUCCGCUUUCCUGUAUGUAUUAAUGUUGUGGCGUUAAACCGCGAACACAAAUCCACGUCCGUUUUCCUUUUACGUUUAAGUGACAUUACAGAAAAUUCUGCUCAAGACAUAAAAUUACAUAAAUCUUUGGAAUUCAACUUAUUA